UCCGGUAAUUUCAAACCCCGUAUGUAAGCGCUAGUAGUUGCGAUGUAUUUCGCGGAGAAUUAAAAAAUAACGAAAGAAAGCAUUAUUAUCCGUAUUUAAUUUGGACAAACACUGAAAGACGAAAGCGAAUUUAAUAGACAUGGAAGAAGAAGAGACUGUAGCGAUACUUUCCAGAAAAGAGCUGCGUAAACAGAAGCUGAUGGAGUACUUGGCAGCAAAAGGAAAGCUGAAAAUCCCCAAUCCACCCAAUCACUAUAAAAUGCCACAUCUUCGUGAGGACGUGCAGAGUAAGACGGCUGCGAUGUCCACCCUAAAGGUUGUUGUUAAGGAAAAGGAAAACAAAGCUUCAACUGAAAAACACCAACAUAAUGUUGCUCCAAGACAACACCCUCCCAGAAGAGCAUUUGGCGUUGCUAACCAAGUAAAUACAAAAAACAACACACUGACCACAAAGCAGGAAUCUGCUCGUCCACCUUCAGCCCUGGGUCGAGCACAGUCGAAAUAUAAUGUUAACCACGUGAUCACCAACACAUACGCUGUGGUGACUUCAAAAUCCCACCUGAACGCAGCCAGCCACCUCAAAAAGCAACUGGACACAGGGAUUCAAGCUUCUGGCAAAGUCCCUUCCAGCGGAGCUCCUAAAGUUGGAACGAAAUCAACCGGCAAAUUUAGCUGCAGCUCAAAUGCUGCCUUUCCACGUCCGGCAACGCAGGUCAGUGUCAGGAUGAGCCUCGGUCCUGUUGUCAAAACCAGGACAGGCUUAAUUCCUGCAGUCACCCAUCCAAAAAGCACAAAGUCAAAUGUAACACUCACCUCCGCCACAGCAGCUGUUACCACCUCCGCCACUACCCUUGUUGCUACAAAGGUGCGAUCCGUCAAUUUAGCGUCAGUUUCCGUUUCCCAGAGGUCUGCUCUGUCGUCAACGGCAAGAGCUGGGAAUAAAUUUGAAGUUCAGAAGAAUUCUAAGUCCCUUCCGGGUAAAAAUCCUCAGCCACCUGAGAAGAAGCAGUCGUCAAGUGCACUGAAAUCCGCUUCCUGCGCAGCAGUGUCUUUAAAGCCAGAGGGGAGAGCGACGACUAAUAAACGAGUGGGUCGGCCUGCAGUCCGAUCCACCAACCCGAGAACUGUCACAGAAGCAGAGAAAAAUGCUCAGCGAUGCACAGUCAACUCCCAGGCAUCCUCGAGACCAGAAACCAGAUGCAGGUCUGUUAGCGGGAAUGUGCGGGAUGUUGGAGCGGGAAGGAAAGCCGAGACGAGUAAAGAGACGGUUAAAAAGAAGGAGAGCGGUUCUGCGAAUGCCCCUCCACCACAGGCAGGCGUGAAGAGAACACGCGCGCCGGCGAUAUCAUCCCAGACGGCGCCACAGCCGGCGAGGACCGUCUGCCUCACAGGCCGAGCCGCCGGCGUGAAGACUCCGAAGGUGCAGGUCAAGGUGAUUCCCCAAACUGAGGGGAAGAAGCUGAACGCUGCCCAGGAGGAAAGGCUGAGGAAGUUGCAGGAAUGGCGAGCAGCUAAAGGAAUUUCCUACAAGCGUCCUCCGAUGCCGGUGAAGCCUCCGGUCCAGCGUACGGCGUCUGUGCCGCAGCCUUUCUGGACGUCCAUGAAGGAGGAGGACGAGGCCCACUCCCUCAUCUGCGCCGUGGACAGAUCCCUGGCCGACUGCAUCAAGUUGCUUGGCGAGGGAUGCCCCUCAGAGCAGGUGAGGGGGGUUCUCUCCCGGCUGCCGCCCGUGUCCCAGAAGUUUGCAAAAUACUGGAUCUGCCGAGCCCGCCUGAUGGAGAAAGAGGGCGACCUGGACGUGCUGCCCAUGUUUGAAGAGGCCGUCCGUGUUGUGUUGGAGCCAGUGGACGAGCUGAGGACCGUGGUGUUUGACAUCCUGAAGAAAAAGGGCAACGUCCAAGCUUCUGAGGACAAUGAGACGGAGGACGGACACAGUCCAGGAGCUGAAGAUCCUUCAGACCAAAUGACGACCCCGAAACCUUCCAGAGCUCUGAUCUGGGCGGAGAGAGGAGACUCGUCUGUAGUCAAGUACAGGAUCACAGCUACUCCGGGUGGCCAUCCGAGUCAAAAGAAAGAACCAGGAAGGGUAAACGGCCAGGAGGUUCGCUUCUUCACCCCGGUCAGGCGGUCAGCGCGCAUCGAGAGAGCCUCCCUCCGAUAUCCGGCGGCCCUCCAGGACCACGACCUCUGCGUUACCUCCUACAGCGACCUGAUCUCCGAGGAGGGAGGGGAAAGAAGAAGCGAAGAGACCAGCCCGCCUGCUAACGACGCAGCCGUGUACGUUUACAGGGAGAACGAAGCGCUCCAAGACAAGAUGUUCGUCAAGCUGGUCUGGGACGAGGACGAGGGCGAGGGCGGAGGCGUUUAGCCUCAUCUCCGCCAGCAUGAGACGAUUCACAAUUUGUCAGUUUCAGAAUAAGUCGGUGAAACUACAGGUGGAGUCUCAGGUAUGUAGUGAUUCAUUGUCGGAGAAGUUGAGAUUUUAUCACAUUUUAACACGGACGUGAAAUUGCUGUGUUUCCGUGGUGAAUGAAUUCUUAGUCUUGUAAAUACGGAUGAAUUAA